AUGGCCGACGUGGUGGUGGCAGUGAACAACACCGGAAAUUUCACGAGCAUCACGAUAGCCAUUAAGGCGGCCCCCAAGCGUAGCCGGACAAGGUUCGUUACUUAUAUAAAACGAGGCGUGUACAAGGAGUACAUUGACAAUAUUGAUAACAAGAAAUGGAAUAUAACGUUGGUCGGGGAUGAUACCUCGUCCUGGUGGCACUCGAUGAUGGAAAGAGAAGACGGAAUUUCCAAACAAGCCGGAAAUCGCGAGUUCUUCAUAUUGACUUUAGUAAUCCCGAUAUCCCAUCCCGUCUUCGACCGCUCUACCCGUCCCCCAAGAGCUCGUGCCAAUAUCUAUUUGACAUAA